AUGGAUUCAAUAGAAUUACCAUCAGAAAAUUUCUAUGAUAAAUUGAAAUUUUCUAAUGGAGGAUUAGAUAAAUAUAUUGAAGAAUGUAAAUCACAGAAUACUCCACACAAUACAGAUUCAACAAUUAUGAAUAUAUGUGGAAAGCUUGUAAAAUAUCUAAAAUCUAAUUAUGCAGAAGAAAAUAUAGGUAAAUUGAAGGAUCAUCAUUGUAACCUUUUGAGCCUUUGGAUAUAUGAACAGUUGGAUAAAAAAUUUAAUGUUGAUCAUGGAAAAAUUAUUCAAAUUUAUACUGAAUUUCAGUUAAUAUUAAGCGAUAUUCUUACAGGUCACAAUAAAAAUGAAGUCCAUAAUUGCCUGCGUAGUUUAAGUGUAUUUCCUCCACAUAAAUUCUGGAAAUAUCGUAAGGAUCUGUAUGAUUAUUGUGUCGAUUAUGAUACAAUUAUUCAAUUAGCUAGAUCUGGUAAUUUAGAAUGCAAGAAAUAUGAAAAACACAUCCAAGAAAAAUUUAGACUGUAUAAAGAAUUUGAGAGAUUAUACAUUAAUGCAUAUAAUAUUCGGAAUGUUUUCUAUGAAAAAUGUAAUGGUUACGACACGAUAAAAGCGAUACCUGAAUUAAAAUGUGAACAAGAAAUUUUAGCACAAGAAAAGUCAAAAGAAUAUUUAGCUGAUCCUGGUUUAUUAGAUAUUACAGACUUUUCUGAUAAAAACUCUAAUUCUACAAAAAUUCUUGACAAUGUGCUCCUGGGAGUAGUUACAACUUCCAUGAUAUCUGGCUUAUUAUAUAAAGUAAAUAAAAUUUUAAUAAAAACAUACCAACUGUAUAAACUUUUUAAUAAUUUAUUUGCUAUACGCAUCAAUAUAAAUAAAUAUAUUAUAUACUUUUCAUGUUAUUCUUUUAUUUACAAGUUUACACCCUUAGGAAGUCGGUUACGCAACGUGUUGGGAUGGAAUAAAUAUACGUUAAGUAACCCAAAUGAAGGAGAAAACAUAUUAUUCGCUAAAACACAUGAAUCAUUUAAUCCGCAUAACGUGGAAAGAGAAAAAUACAUAGGAUAUCAUCCUUCGUAA